UUUAUUCUGCAUCUAACCAUGUGUGCUUCGAACUAAUUGGAGCAGGGGCCGAUUCCAUCAAAUAAUCGCCCCCGUCCUUUUCAUCCAAAUUAUAUGAACAACUUUUCAUCAUUAUCUCUACGAAGUUAUACUAUUCCUCAUACUGAAGGGAACACAAAUGAAUAGUGAGUGUAUAAUGAUAAAAUAUUAAAUAACUACAAACAAGAAGCAAAUGUAGAUAGUUGACUUCGGCGCACAGGUGUGACUAGGUAUACGCUAAUUAUAUAUUAGUUAUUUUUGACUGUUUUUUUAGGCAUCCAGGAAAAUUUGUUAUAAUGCGGUUAUUAGGAAUCCAGCUGUGAAAUGUCUCGUUUCGUAGAGAAAUGUUUGGUCUACCUGUUAGUACUAAAUACAAAAUUACAGGAUAAAUGAGAGAACUUUUUUUAAUGAAUUACUGAAAAGACACAAACAGUUGUAUAACUGAUGAUCGGUUAUCACGUAUAGUUAUAAUAUUCCAGAUUGUUCAUGUUUAUGUCAUGAUUAAGUUUAAAGUAUUUUUUCUUCUAACGACUACAUAGAGCAAAUAUUUCUCUGCAAAAUGAGACAUUCCACAGCUGGGAACGAUUCUUCGCAUUAUAUCAAUUUUUUUCUAGAUGUCCUGAUAUGAGUUGUAUGAAUGCGUAGAUGCCUAGAUGUGACUAGAAUUUGUGCGAUUAUGGUAAACUGCUCUGUUUCCAUAUUAUAUCUAAAACAUCUUUUAUUAUUAAGCUGUUAAUAAUAUAUGAUAUUUUACUUUAGUCUUAUAAAAUUCAACUUGAUAAUUGUCAAGAAACCAUAGCACAAUUGAGAAAAACAAUUGACGUUAUGGAAAAACGUUUAGAUCAGUUACCAUUAAGUUUGGGGAAGUUGAGACAGAAAAUGAGCUCAGAUGGUGAAGAAAAUCAAGAAUAA